UGUGAGUCUUAAUGCAGGAUGCCCAAGCUGCACCCUAGGCUGCUUCUCCGAGGGCAGGAUGUGAAAACUCUUGGGGAAGAGCCCACUCUGGCCUCCAUUAAAGGGUUUGCUUAGCAGAUAGGCUAUUCCCUUGUGACUCUCCACCAGAGGUUUCCUGCCACGUGGGCUUCAGAGCAAUGGCCACGGAGGAGAAGAAGCCCGAGACAGAGGCUGCAAGAGCCCAGCCCACCCCGUCCUCAUCCGCUACACAGAGCAAGCCCACACCUGUUAAACCAAACUAUGCUCUGAAAUUCACCCUGGCCGGCCACACAAAAGCUGUGUCYUCUGUGAAGUUCAGCCCCAAUGGAGAGUGGCUGGCAAGCUCAUCUGCUGAUAAACUUAUUAAAAUUUGGGGAGCCUAUGACGGGAAGUUUGAGAAGACCAUCUCUGGUCACAAGCUGGGAAUAUCGGAYGUAGCCUGGUCAUCAGAUUCCAAUCUCCUCGUUUCUGCCUCUGAUGAUAAAACCUUGAAGAUCUGGGAUGUGAGCUCGGGCAAGUGUCUGAAAACGCUGAAGGGGCACAGUAACUACGUCUUCUGCUGCAACUUCAACCCACAGUCCAAUCUCAUCGUCUCAGGGUCUUUUGAUGAAAGUGUGAGGAUAUGGGACGUGAAGACGGGGAAGUGCCUCAAGACUCUGCCGGCUCAUUCAGAUCCAGUUUCAGCUGUCCAUUUUAAUCGUGAUGGAUCCUUGAUAGUUUCAAGUAGCUACGAUGGUCUCUGCCGCAUCUGGGACACCGCCUCGGGCCAGUGCCUGAAGACACUCAUUGAUGAUGAUAACCCCCCGGUGUCCUUUGUGAAGUUCUCUCCAAAUGGCAAAUACAUCCUGGCUGCCACUCUGGACAACACGCUGAAGCUCUGGGACUACAGCAAGGGCAAGUGCCUGAAGACGUACACUGGGCACAAGAAUGAGAAGUACUGCAUUUUUGCCAAUUUUUCUGUGACUGGUGGGAAGUGGAUCGUGUCUGGCUCUGAAGAUAACCUGGUGUACAUUUGGAACUUGCAGACGAAGGAGAUUGUCCAGAAGCUGCAGGGGCACACAGACGUUGUGAUCUCCACGGCUUGUCACCCGACAGAGAACAUCAUUGCCUCGGCUGCGCUAGAAAACGACAAGACCAUUAAACUGUGGAAGAGUGACUGCUAAGUGCCCUGGUGCCAUAGGGGCUGUUGGGACGUUGACCCUGAUGGGCAAGAAACGUGGCAGAGGGGCCCAAUUCAGGCCUGAGGUGGCCGAGGGGAAGUGCACGCCACCAGAAGGUUCUAGAGGUUGCUGUGACACUUCUGCCAACUCUGCCCUGUCUGGGAGGAGAUCCCAGUCUGUUGUGCUCAGAGAGGCAACCAGAUUUUUAAUUUUUUAUUACAAGAGUGAAGUUCAAUUUAUCAUGGGUUGUGUUUUUUCCAGUAAUUGUUCUGUACAUUUUUGAUAUUUUACUACCCAGUGGGAGCGCUGUGACCAGUMCCCUCCUGGGGCCCUGGGCCACUUUCCCAGUCCCUCCCACCCUCGCCUGCCACGUGGUGUCCUCACRCCGCAGCUCUGCCUGCCUGCCUGCCUGUCCGUCGACCCCUGCCUGUUGUAGUUCCCGGCGCGUUUCCAAGUCUUCCUGGAAAGUGCAGCGCUGUAAGGUUGCCUGUGUGAAGUCCUGUGUUUUGGGAGUUGGAGGCUGGUGGCCUGGCAGCUUGGUGGCUGCAGACAGUUUCCCCUUCGUGCCCAGCACUCACACAGCUGCACACGAGCUGUAAUAAAAGGUGGGAUUUUA